AUGGUGUACCUCAAGAGUCUCUUUCUCGCCACCUCCCUCCUUCUGAGCGGUGUCAUCGCUGCUCCGUUCCCAGGCAGCGAGCUGGACGCAGCUGCACCUGAUCUCCGUACCCGCGACGAGUUUGCCAUUGCAGCUAGCGAGUUCAGCAAUGUUUCCGUUGUUGACAUCGAAGCUCGCACUGCUGAGAAGCUUCUCGUGGCUAGGACUUCUGGGUCCAAGAAAGGUUCGAAGAAGGGCUCAAAGAAAGGCUCCAAGAAGGGUUCGAAGAAGGGAUCUAAGAAGGGUUCGAAGAAGGGUUCUAAGAAGGGUUCUAAGAAGGGCUCCAAGAAGGGUUCUACCACAACAGCUUCUGCUACGACAUCUGCCCCAACGGCUUCCUCAACCUCCGCUUCCGAGACUUCUAACAGCGCUGCUGCGACCGAGUCUGCCUGCCCCAUCCAGAGACGCGAGCGUACCCUUAACCGUAGAGCUGGGUUUUCCAAGGCCGCCGAUUCCAACCACGUCAAGGAGAGACAAUACUACAAUGCCAUUCAGCUCAAAAAGGCCGGUAAGAACUCAGUUACCAUCGAUGAUCUGAGUGGUUGCACUGCGGUCUUCUUCUGGAACGCCAAAGAUAUGCCCUCGGCGUACCACAUUUUCUGUGGUACCGAGGAAGAGAUGGGCGCAGUGGCAUACGGCGAAGUUGAGGAGUUGGGAUUGGCUGCCAACGGAGUCACUAUCAUGGCUGAAGACGAUGCUCAUUUCGCAGCUGCACAGAGGUCUAUUCAAUCUUACGACAGUGCUGUCCAGAUCGUACAAUACAGAAACUACGGAGACGCGCAAGUGCCCGCUAAUCUUAAGGGCAACUGCAUGCUGCGAUGGAAAAUCACCGCUACCGAGGGCAAGAAGCUUGUUGCCACGCCUUACAUUGGUGCGAAAACACAGGUUUCUGAUCAACAGAGCUAAACUAUUCCUUCGCCAUAUGUUACCAUUUUCACACUCGACUUUCACUUCUUCAUUAUUUCGAUUUUUAGACGCCAUUUUUCUCUUCUAUACUGUCUGCGUAUGUAGCUCCGCUGCGCUGU